AAGUGAGCUGACCACUGGAGAAAUAAAAGAGACUCAAAGGAGCAGUUCCUCUGCCUCUCGUUGCAUAGUUCAGCAGGAGCUCAGCCAUGAGACUUCUCAUCUUGGCCUUCCUCGUGAUCUGCUGUCUCACUGCAUACACUGUGGAAGCUGUGGGGAGCGAAGUCCUAGAGAAGAGCAUCUGUGUGAGUCUAACUACCCGGCGACUGCCAGUUAAAAACAUCAAGACCUACACCAUCAAGGAGGGCUCCAUGAAAGCAGUGAUAUUUAUUACCAGGCGUGGCCUUAAAGUCUGUGCUGAUCCACAUGUUGAAUGGGUGAAAAAAGCAGUUCAAACAAUAGACAAAUCCAACAGAGGAAACCAGGCCAAGCCUACAGGAGCCCAGCAAUCUACCAGUACAGCUGUAACCCUGGCUGGGUAGUGGCUUUCUGGCACCUUGUCCCCUCACUGCCAGCCAGCUCAUUUCCCUUUAAAGUUCAUGGACUAAUUACAUUCUGUAUAACUUUCAUGAAAGUGCUGCAUGAGUCAAAUUAUUUUCUUAUAUUUUUAUUUUUCUAUGUCUUUCAUAUUCAUUUGGAUGCUCUAAUUAAUAAAUAUUUAUUAUUAAGAAUA